AUGCGAUAUCUUUGUGAUGUUUGCUCGCAACAGCUAGACAGCAUUUACCCCGGCAUGGGCAUGUCGCUGUCUCAACUCAUCCACACCAAUCACGGUCAAUUGGUCAACCUACUUGGAUUGUCUUCCCCCAUUUCCCUCGUGUCUCGCCUCGUCUCUCUCGCCUCAUCUCUCUCGCCUCAUCUCUCUCGUCUCAUCUCUCUCGCCUCGUUUUUCUUCCCCUCCUUCGCCUCUUAUUCGAACCUCUCCCGAACCUGCUCCCGCGCAUCAGCUCCGGAAGCCCCUCCACCAUCAUCCAAGCCCGACCCGCCUGCAGACCUCAACACAGUGCUGGAGCGCAACAUGAACACGCUGCUGAUCACGGAGCUGCUGCGCGGCAUGGGCCUCACGCUCAAGUACUUCUUCGAUAAGAAACUCACUAUCAACUACCCGUUUGAGAAGGGCCCGCUGAGUCCGCGCUUCAGGGGCGAGCACGCCUUGAGGCGCUACCCCACCGGCGAGGAGCGCUGCAUCGCCUGCAAGCUCUGCGAGGCUGUGUGCCCGGCCCAAGCCAUCACGAUUGAAGCAGAGGCCCGCGAGGAUGGCAGCAGGCGAACCACGAGGUACGACAUAGACAUGACAAAGUGCAUCUACUGCGGGCUGUGCCAGGAGGCGUGCCCCGUGGACGCCAUCGUCGAGGGCCCCAACUUCGAGUUCGCCACCGAGACCCACGAGGAGCUGCUGUAUGACAAGGAGAAGCUGUUGGAGAAUGGGGACCGCUGGGAGACGGAGAUUGCCAACAACAUGCAGACCCAGUCCCUCUUCCGCUGA